AUGGUCAGCCACCGCGCAGGCCAACAGAGGCACACAGCCCAGAGCAGCCUCUCUGUGUCCUUGGGCUUUGUCCUUGAUCCCACCCAGAGCUGCUCAAGCCGCGUCGGGCGGGGCGGCGGGGCGGCCGCUGUCGGUCUGUCUGUCCGCAGGCUCCCAGGGGUGCGAGCAGCCAGCGGAAUGACUCCUCUCUGCCUCAAUUGCUCCAUUUUCCCUGGAGACCUGUCCCUAGGGGAAGCAAGGAGCCCCUCACCGUGCAAUGGCAGUGAGGCCACGGGGCACUUUGACCCUGAGGACUUGAACCUGACAGACGAGGCCCUGAGACUCAAGUACCUGGGGCCGCAGCAGUCAGAGCUGUUUGCGCCUAUCUGUGCCACAUACCUGCUGAUCUUUGUGGUGGGCACCGUGGGCAACGGGCUGACCUGCCUGGUCAUCCUUCGCCACAAGGCCAUGCGCACGCCCACCAAUUUCUACCUCUUUAGCCUAGCAGUAUCAGACCUGCUGACGCUGCUGGUGGGGCUGCCCCUGGAGCUCUAUGAGAUGUGGCACAAUUACCCCUUCCUGCUGGGCGUUGGUGGCUGCUACUUCCGCACGCUGCUGUUCGAGACAGUCUGCCUGGCCUCCGUGCUCAACGUCACCACUCUGAGCGUGGAGCGCUACAUAGCCGUAGUGCAUCCAUUCCAGGCCAGGACUGUGGUGACACGGGCCAAUGUGCGCCGCAGGCUCGGGGCCAUCUGGGGCCUCGCCUUGCUCUGCUCUCUGCCCAACACCAGCUUGCAUGGCCUCCAGCAGCUGCAUGUGCCCUGCCGGGGCCCAGUGCCAGACUCAGCUGUGUGUAUGGUGGUCCGCCCCCGGGCCCUGUACAACCUGGUGGUGCAGGCCACCGCAUUGCUCUUCUUCUGCCUACCCAUGGCCACCAUCAGCGUGCUCUACCUGCUCGUGGGGCUGCGGCUGCAACAGGAGGCCAAGGGCAGGGGCAUCAGAGUGGCCAGGGGUGGUGACACCCCCAGAGUCCCACUGCAGGAUAGAGGCCGGAGACAAGUGACGAAGAUGCUGUAUGUGCUGGUCGUGGUCUUUGGCAUCUGCUGGGCCCCGUUCCAUGCUGACCGCCUCAUGUGGAGCUUGGUGUCCCACUGGACAGAGGGUCUGCUCCUGGCCUUCCAGUGCGUCCACCUCGUCUCUGGCGUCUUCUUCUACCUUGGUUCAGCUGUGAACCCUGUGCUCUACAGCCUCAUGUCCACCCGUUUCCAGGAGACUUUCCGGGAAGCCCUGGGCCUCGGCACCCACUGCUGCCGCCCGCUCCCCCACCACAGCUCGCACAGCCUCAGCAGGCUGACCGUGGGCAGCUCCCUGUAUACUGUAGGCGCCCAUGGAAGCAGGGCCCAGGCCCUGGCUGACAACGAUGGCCAAGAGGGACAGCAGGAAACAGAACCCUCCUAAAUGGAGAAGCAUCCUCUUCCUGAGGGCCACAUGCCAUCAGGGGGAGCCUCACCUGCGAUCCUCUGCCAGGACAUCCUCAUGACCGGUCCCUGACUUACCCUAGACCCUCUGACCAGCACCUUAGCAACUCCUGUCCCUGACCACGUAUUUGAGAUUUGAGGGAAACAAACACUGAUCCCUGAGUAUUGAGGACACACAUUGUGCCAGGGGACAUGCAUGCGCUUCGUCUCUCCAGACCCUCAGCCCCAGCUAAAAGCCCUGCAGAACCGUCUCAGGUAGCUGGGGGAGGGAGGCCAGUGGGUCCUCCCUUUGAGGUCCUUCCAUUUCUUUCUGCAGAUUCGGGCCUGCACCUGGGACGCUCCUCCCACCUAGACUUUCCCUGGCCUCCAUUCCGCUCCGGGAUGGGUGCCUGGUGGAGAUGAUGGCGGCAGGGGUUUCCAGGGACCCAGGGUCCUGGUUCUAGUCUUAGCCCUGCUGCCACCACUUUGCCUCUUGGCAUCAGGCAACCCC